AUGCAUUUCUCGAGGAGUGUCAUCGCCGUCUCCGCUUCCCUCUUGUCCCUGGGCGCCACCGUCCAGGGUAUCUCUUUCACAUCGUGGCCCAAGGACAUCCAAGCCGGCAAGCCCGUUACCCUGAAGUGGGAUGGUGCCCCCGACAAGCCCGUGACCCUUUCUCUGCGCGAAGGCAAUGCCGGCGACCUGAAGCAAGUCCAGACCAUCACCGACAAGGCCGAUGGCGGUUCCUUCACCUGGACUCCUGGUGACAACAUCAAGGGCGGCAAGUCCUACGCUUUCCAGAUCUCGCAGGAUGGUCAAUCCAACUGGUCCGCCCUGCUGAAGGCUGGUGGCAAGCCUGUGUCCGAUUCCAGCGAGACUACCCAGACCACCGCUGCCACCACCACGGGCGCGAGCCACAGCGCGGAGACCACUGCCACCACCACGGGCGCGAACCACAGCGCGGAGACCACGACCGGCACCACCACCACCGGUCACUCCACCAGCAAGCACCUGAUCAGCUCCAGCUCUGUCUCUGCCAGUCCCUCGGGUAGCCCAACUUCCACCACCGUUGUCAGCUCCAUCAAUGCCAACGGGCCCUAUGGCACCAGCACCGGGUCAUUCCACAACAAGGAGGCCACUGAGAGCGGCAGUGUCCAGACUGGUGCAGCAUCUCUGUCACGGUAUUCUGCCACUCUGGCCGUGGGUGCUCUUACUGUGGCUGCCUACCUACUGUAG